AUGUUUCAAAAUAGACGUACUGUCUUUCUGUUUAUUUGUUCAAUUGUUUUUGUUCAAGCACUUUAUUAUAUUGCUACAUUACAAAUUAAAAAAAGUCAACCACCUAUUAUACAUACUUCAUCUAUAUUAAUAUCAACAUCACUUUAUAAUAAAUCGUCAGAUAAACAUCUACCCUCCGUCCGACAAACACAAACGCGUCUAAAUGCUUCAAAUUCAACAGAAAAGACUAAUUACACUGUCGGUUUCAAAUCAGUGAAUAUAUCACAUAAUCUCACAAUAAAUAACUCAAGUCUCAAUAUACCGCUUAAUCUUACUACUACUUCUACUGCUACUACUACUACUACUACCAUUAAAACAACAACUCUAUCAACAAUAUUAAUCCCAUUUUUAAAUGCAUCACUAUAUUCAUCUUUUAAUUUUACUAAACCAUCUGUAGAUAUUUAUAAUUCUCUACCAAUUUGUAAUUUUUCCAUAUUAAAUAAUGAUACAUCAGUAUAUAAAGUAAUUAUUAGUCAAACACUUCAUUCAUAUGAUAUUAUUGAACAACGUUAUGGAAAAAAUUUAUAUCCAGGUGGACAUUAUAUUCCACAAGAAUGUCGAACAGAACAACGUUUAGCUCUUAUUAUAUGUUAUCGUAAUCGUGAACAACAUUUAAAAAUGUUUCUUGAUAAUAUUCAUCCAUUUUUACAAAAACAACAACUUGAUUAUACAAUAUUUAUUAUUAAUCAAAAUGGAAAUGAUCAAUUUAAUCGUGCUGCUUUAUUUAAUGUUGGUUAUUUAGAAGCUAUGAAAUUAUAUCCAUAUGAUUGUUUUAUUUUUCAUGAUGUUGAUCUUUUACCAGAAGAUUUAAGAAAUAUUUAUAAAUGUGGAGAUCAACCAAGACAUAUGUCUGUAGCUGUUGAUAAAUUUAAUUAUAAAUUACUUUAUUCAACAUUAUUUGGUGGUGUAACAGCAUUUAGUUUAUCAGAUUUUGUUGGUACACAUGGUUAUCCAACAGUUUAUUGGGGAUGGGGUGGUGAAGAUGAUGAUAUGUAUUUACGUGUUGUUAAAAAACUAAAAAAAUCCAUAACACGUUAUCCGAUGGAAAUUGCUCGAUAUAAAAUGGUUCGUACACAUGAUCAUACAUCAGGUAAAGCAAAUCCACAUCGUCAUACAAUAUUAUAUUCAAAAUAUGAUUAUAAUCUUGAUGGUAUAAAUGCAACAAAUUAUACAUUGCAUAAUAUAGAAUUUUAUAAAUUAUUUACGUUAAUUAAUGUAACAUUAACUGAAGAACCAUUUGAACAUAUACGUGCACGUUUACAUAUAAAAAAGAAAAAAUGA